AUGGUUCACGAAACUAUCGAUCUCGAUAUGGCGGAGAAGAUGGCCAGAACUUGGGCUACAUCAAUACAAGCGCCAAUGAACCUGUCUCUUCCGCAGAAUAUUGUGGCCAACGAGGGCGGGACAGAAGUUGGAGAUUUCCUAUCGAAUAUAUACCGCAAUAGCUCCUUCACCAAGCCUUUUGAAACUCUUCUGCCUCGAUUAUCGAAAAUGGGUAGCUGCUUGAGCGUAGCCGAGCCGAAGCCGAAGCGUAAACAUCGCCAUAGUGUUAAGAACUCCCAUAGCCACCAUCGACGGCCUCGGGAACCUCGAGAUGUUGUUUUCUUGACGGCGAAUGGCUGGGAGAUGAAGAAGAGACAUAAGAAGAGGCGCCAUAGAGAAUGA